AUUUAGAAGAAAGAAGCGAAAGAGAAAAAUGCAGAUCUUCGUGAAAACCCUAACGGGGAAGACAAUAACCCUCGAGGUUGAGUCCAGCGACACUAUUGACAAUGUGAAGGCCAAGAUCCAGGACAAGGAAGGGAUUCCUCCCGAUCAACAGCGACUUAUAUUUGCCGGGAAGCAGCUUGAAGAUGGCCGAACUCUUGCCGAUUACAAUAUCCAGAAAGAAUCAACACUGCAUCUUGUUCUGAGGCUUCGUGGUGGGAUCAUUGAGCCGUCGUUGAUGGCGUUGGCCAGAAAGUAUAACCAGGACAAAAUGAUAUGCCGCAAAUGUUAUGCACGCUUGCAUCCCCGGGCUGUCAACUGCAGGAAAAAGAAAUGUGGACACAGCAACCAGUUGAGGCCAAAGAAGAAGAUCAAGUAGAUGUAAUGGUGAAGGCUUCGGUAGGCAUGGUGGUAUCUCAGUGGACAUAUUACCCUGCUUCUAAAGGAAAUUUUAUC